AUCAAUGCCUCUGCGAAGUGGACAUACUUGCACCCAACUUCCAUGUUCACUGCAAUGGUGUAAACUAGUUAUACUUCAAAUCGUCUUCUACAAAAAUGUCUCAUUUGUCAAGUGGUAAAGUAAACCUUGCUCAAGUAAGAGAAACUGCAAGAAGGGAGCUCCUGAACUGCAUUGAUCGCUGUCCGGGCAGUAAGGCGAUUGUUUGGGAUGAGAAGCUGACUGGUCCGGUUGGCCUAAUCGCUGAAUACAGCUUGCUAAAAGAACAUGAUGUUGGUAAAAUGUUUCCAUUAGCUAAAGGCAGGUUGCCCCCAUGCGAUGAACGCAACAUAAUAUUUCUUGUCAGGCCAAAGCUUGAGUUGAUGGAUACAAUUAUUGAAAAUGUUUCUAAAGAGGAAAAGCAGGGAAGCACAAAGGAGUAUCAUAUCUUUUUUGUUCCAAGGUCAAGCCUUCUUUGCGAGCAGAAAUUGCAAAGAGAAGGAAUCUAUGGCACAUUUGCAAACAUCCAACAAUAUUCUUUGAAUCUCGUCCCCUUUGAACAUGAUUUGCUCUCAAUGGAGUAUGAACCAUCGUUCUAUGAAUGCUAUCUUGAAAAAGAUCCAUCUUCAUUGUAUUAUGUGUCAGAGUCUCUAAUGAAGUUGCAGGCCCUUUUUGGUGUCAUACCAAAGAUUUUUGGUAAAGGAGAGAUGUCAAGGCAUGUGACUGAUAUGAUCAUCCGUAAGAGAAGAGAGCUGGCAGACACUGAGUCGCAAAUAACACCAGUGAUUGACAGUUUAUUUUUGAUUGACAGAACUGUCGAUCUAAUGACACCUUUGCUAACUCAGCUUACAUAUGAAGGCCUUAUUGAUGAAGUUUUCAAUAUUGAGAAUACUAACGUCCAACUGCCAGUGGACAAAUUUCCUAUCAAGGAAGAAACGCGAGGAGCUGCAAAGCAACAAACACCAAAGGACCAACAAAAGCCGCGUAAAGUAGCAUUGAAUUCUACUGAUGCAUUGUACAGUGAGAUACGGGACAUAAACUUUUCAGCUGUUGGUCCUGUUUUGAGUAGGGAGGCCAAACGCAUCACAGCGCAGUAUGAAGAACACAGAUCAGCAAAAACUGUAGGAGAAAUGAAAGAAUUCGUGCAUAAGAUACCACAUAUUCAAGCUGCAAAGUCUUCCCUUGCAUUGCAUACUGGUAUUGCUGAGGUUGUCAAAGAGCACACAGAUUCAGAAGAGUUUCGAGAGGCACUCAGAAUUGAGCAAGAAUUUUUCAAUGGUAUUGACACAGACAAAUUUAAUGCCUACAUAGACAAAUGCAUUGGUUAUAAGCACCCUCUUCACAGAGUUUUGCGCCUUAUAUGCCUGCAGUGCGUUGCCAACAAUGGAUUCAAACCCAAGCUGUUUGAUUACUAUCGCAGGGAAAUUAUCAAUGCGUAUGGUUUUGAGCAUCUGCUAACACUUAAUAACUUAGAACAAGUUGGUUUGUUGAAGAGUGCCGCGCCAAAGUCGUAUGGGACAAUCCGAAAAUCGUUAGGAUUAGUCGUGGAAGAUGUCCAUGAGCAAAACCCGAAUGAUAUAGCGUACACCUAUUCCGGUUAUGCCCCUCUGUCGGUCCGUCUCGCCCAGUUUCUUGCCAGGCAGUCUAGCUGGCAUGGCCUAGAAGAAGUCAUGAGACAACUACCAGGCCCUACAAUUGAAGAGGUCCAGUACGUGCCCCCGGCUCUUUUAAAGAAAAGUCAAAGCGGGCAAGGGAGUGGGCCAAGUGGAGACGGGCCGUCGAAAAUUACCCUGGUUUAUUUUAUUGGUGGAUGUACUCACGCAGAAGUCAGUGCGCUGAGGUUCCUUGCGCAGCAGGAAAACGCGCCGACAGAUUUCGUUAUUGCCACGACAAAACUGAUAAAUGGAAAUUCGCUUAUUGAACCUUUGGUAGAAAAAAUUAAUGAACCAUCUAAUUCGGUGUAAAGGGAGACCCUUAAGUAGAGAUAAAUUUAUUGAGAUUUUAUUACUUGAUAUAUGUAAAUUGCUGGACAUUUGUAGUUUUUUCUUAAGUACUGUCAGACGUCAGAAUUGCUAGAAAACACAAAUUUUUGAAACGAUUAGCUCGUUAGUUACUUCGACUACAGUAUUUCUGAAACCUUGGUCUUUCAGUGACGUCAUCUUCAAGGAUCCUGACAAUGACGUCAGCAUUAGUAAAAGCCUACAAAGAUUUGGCGAUAAUUCAGGUGUAAAAGGCUUGUUGUCAAUCUAGACUCAACUCAAACAAAUUCCCACCAAAUUAGCUUUCUUCAUCUUUGAAAUUUUCCACCGUCAACAGUUUAUAAAUCUUUCUUCUUAGCAAAAUCUUGAGCGUUCUGCCUCAAACUUCAUUUAAUGAGAAUUUGCAAUAAUUUCCGCAUAUAUAUAUAUUUUUUGUUUUUACUUUCGGAAGAUACGAGAACUAUUUUAAAAUCUUUGGUUAAUUUCAAAUCUUUCAAACAACCCCCAGACUGACACUGCGUGAGAUUAAGUAGAAGCGUGAUAUCCUAACGUUCUUAAAUCCUAAGGAACUCUUUAUGCUUCUUUUAUGCAAGCAAUAGCUGUGUCACUUCUUUCUUCUGAAUAGAUGGUAAGAAAAAACAUUAUCCUGAAAUACUUUAUUUCGUUACGAGCUCCUGAAAUAGUCUUUUUCUUACAAAACAUCUUUUUUAUAAGAAAUUGCAAAAGCUAUUGUUGGUUUCUUAAAUUUGGCAAUAGUAAUAUGGUUGUCGAGUUAAAAUAUAUUUGAGCGAUUUCAACUCUCACGCAGAGGGCACGCAGAAUUUGAGAAGGCCUGUCAAGUACGCGUUUGUUGUUAAAUUUAAUGAAAAUCAAUUAUAGUUGCGGCUUGAUCCAGGAUUGUUGUAAUUUAUUCCAUUUGUCAAUAUUGUCUAUGUAGAACUCGAAUUUGACUUUUUUCACUUUAAUAGUGGGAUUGCAAUUUA